AUGCGGCGCAACUCGCGAACAAGACUUGGCCUGGCACUGAUGGCUUUGCGCAGCAUCGAAUAUGUAGCUUUGGUGGGGUCGUUUCUCCUGGUCGGACUCGAAGCUAUCAUCCGCGUCUUGACUUUAGCUCUACCGAUCUCGACGUCCGUGAGAGACGCUUCUGACUUUGUGGACCUCUGUCAUCUGUACGGAUACCAAGCUGAGGAGCACAUCCUUCAGACGAAGGAUGGGUACCUCCUUGGACUACACCGGCUGGCCUGGAAGAAGGGAGAGGAGGACCAGAAGGUCAACAGCGGGCCGGGAAGUUUGAAGAAGAAGGUCGUGUAUCUUCACCAUGGUCUUCUAAUGAACUCGGAAGUCUGGGUCUGCUUGACCGACGAGCAGCGAUCUCUUCCUUUUGUGCUCGCUGAGCAGGGCUAUGAUGUUUGGCUUGGCAACAACCGCGGCAACAAGUAUUCGAAAAAAUCGGUACACCACUCGCCCAAGUCGCAAGGCUUCUGGAACUUUUCCAUCGACGAGUUCGCUUUUCAUGACAUCCCGGACAGCAUCGCUUAUGUCCUGGAGGCGACGGGGCAGGAGAGCUUGUCUUACAUUGGAUUCUCGCAGGGAACUGCGCAGGCCUUCGCCACCCUUGCCAUCCACCCAAAACUCAACCAGCAGGUCAAUGUAUUCAUCGCCUUGGCACCGGCCAUGUCGCCUGCCGGCCUUUCUAAUGGAAUCGUCGACGCCUUGAUGAAGGCCUCGCCCCAAGUCUUGUUCCUCCUCUUCGGCCGUCGAUCUAUCCUCAGCUCAGCCACCAUGUGGCAGUCCAUUCUUUACCCGCCCAUCUUUGUUAGAGUCAUCGAUAUGGGUCUUUCCUUUUUGUUCAACUGGCAGACGAAGAACAUAUCCCUCAGUCAGAAACUCGCCGCAUAUCCUCAUCUCUACUCUUUUACCAGCACGAAGAGUGUGGUUCACUGGUUUCAAAUUAUUCGGAAUAAGUCUUUCCAAAUGUAUGACGACGACGUUCAUCCUCCUGUCUCGAUUAGUUCCUCGAGCAAGUACACCAAGGUCGCGAAAUACCCCACUCGAAACAUCAAGACGCCCAUCGUUCUCGUGUACGGCGGCAGCGACUCGUUGGUCGACAUCAAGGUCAUGCUCAAGGAACUGCCGCCCCAGACCGUAGCUACCGAGAUCCCUCACUACGAGCAUCUUGACUUUCUGUGGGGCCGCGACGUUGAUGUUCAGGUCUUCCCCCACGUCUUUGAUGCCCUCGACAGUUUCACGGAUGCGCAGCAUACCAAGGAGGAGUACGAUCGAUACAAGAUCGCAAGACGAGCGAGUCUCCUGGGUUCCGGAAACGCUUAUAAGCACACGUACAAAGACAGCGAUUUGUCUGCUAGUGAGGCCUCAAAUACUGUGGAUGAGGGACAGAACGGCAACGGUCUUGAGACUCCUGUCUCACAAAGCAAGACUCGAGACCGGCCCUCAGGAAUCCCAUCACCACUUGGCACCACCAGGAUGCGACCCAGGUACUCACAGGUUGUGAAUGAAGACGAAUCGCCAUCGCCAUCUCCGGAUAGACCCGCUAGCCGCGCCGCUGAGGGAGAAGAGAGGCCUGACAGCUCAGUGGAUACCCGCGAUUCCCCGACAGCUAAGCUCAAGGGCAUUGGCGUCCGGCGCGGAAGUGGAGGAAGCCAUCUCAGCCUGGAUAGCAUGCGUGAGGGCCGAGGCAUAAGCCUUGGCACUAGUAAGGCUCUGGGCGGCGUCGUCACCAAGAGUGCGAUCGAUGCCAAGGGGCUGGGCAAUGCCGGUACUGAUGAAAACAACAGCGGGAAGAAGAAGAAGCGUGUGACGGUUGCGCCAUAG